ACCGAAGUAAACAAAGAGGCUCAAAGGAGAGUUGGCAUCAACCCGUCUGGGUAUUACUUGCUGAAUGUUCUUGCGUAGACAAAUUCGUCCGGACCAGCGGCUGACUGCGGUGGGAAAGCGUCUCUGAAACGAAUGAAGAAACUCCUAAUCUUUCACUUCACUUACAGAGGACUUCGUACGAAAGGAAAAAAGAGUAAACGGAGAAAAUGGAGUAUAAUUUGCGAAAGGCUGAACCAAAGGACGUGCCUGAUAUAUUACGACUGGUGAAGGAACUUGCCAAGUAUGAAGAAAUGGAGCACCAGGUGACGCUGACUGAACAAGAGCUCCUGGAGGAUGGAUUUGGUGACACGCCGUUCUACCACUGCAUCAUUGCUGAAAUCCCAGGAGGGGGCGCCAGCCAAGAUUCCAAAGUGGUGGGCUUCGCCAUGUACUACUUCACGUAUGACCCCUGGGUAGGCAAGCAGCUCUACAUGGAGGAGUUCUAUGUGAUGGACGACUUUCGAGGCCUCGGCAUCGGCUCGGAGAUCCUGCGACGGCUCAGCGACCUGGCGGUGAAGACUCGCUGCACGGGUAUGAUGUUUGUGGUGGCCGAGAACAACGAGGUGUCCAUCCAGUACUACAAGAGGCGCGGGGCCGAGGACCUCUCUCAGGAGGAGGGCUGGAGGCUCUAUCGCUUUGACAAGAGCAGCCUCGUCAAGAUGGCCACGCCCACCGAGGUGUAACGGCAGCAGGAGAGGGAGGUUUCACUCGCGUAUUAAAUAACUACAAGAAAUCUGUUUUUUUUUUCUUUUGUGAAAUGUUGACUUGAGACUUUAGAUGCCACAUGCUAAAUCCACUUAGCGAUAAUAAAAUCACUUGAUAACA